CCCGAAUAUCUUGCGUAUGAAUUAACAAGAACCGAAAGCACCGACAUAUUCAAGUUUAGCAAGUUUAGUAUGAUUUCCAGAGAAAUCGUAAUAUUUAAGAAUGAAUUACCUUCCAGGAACAGCUAGUCUGGUAGAAGAGAUAGACAAAAAACUACUUGUUGUGCUUAGAGAUGGAAGAACACUGAUAGGUUACCUGAGAAGUAUUGACCAAUUUGCCAAUCUAGUCCUUCACCGUACUAUUGAAAGAAUUCAUGUUGGUAAGAAAUAUGGAGAUAUUCCAAGAGGAAUCUUUGUUGUAAGAGGAGAAAAUGUUGUUCUGCUUGGCGAAAUAGAUCUGGAAAAUGAAAAUAACCCUCAGUUAGAAGAAGUACCAAUAGACGAUAUAUUGGAAAUGCAACGCGAAGAACAAAUUCAGAAGCAACAAGAGGAGGAGCGCAAAAAGAAGUCCAUGCUGGAGCGAGGACUUCAGCCUCACUCUGAACUCCAUGAUGACUUGUUUUAGGGUCAAAGGUUGUGGAGUAUAAAUCAUUGUUGAAUAUUCAAGUACUUCACCAGUUUCAUACUACAUGUAAAACAGAAGAAUUACAAAGUAUGUGUACUUUCUGCUGUUUAUCAUUUGCUACUAGUGAUUUUCUGCACUUUUAAAAGUAGAAAAAUUGCAGAAUAAUAUAAAAUAAAUGCAGGUUUGAUAUU